AUGGCACUCCUUUCUUCUCUAACCCCAGUCUUUAUAGCCAUUAUAUGUGUUUUGAUUGGGGUAAUAUUGAAGAAGACUAACAGAGAGAAGGAAAAACAUGAGACUAAAAGCAAGCCCCUGUCUCGCCCAUGGGUGGAUGAAGAUUUAAAAACUGGUACUGACCACCACUUGGAGGAAGAAGAGGUUGAUGAAGAGUGGCAAGGAGUUGAUGAAAAUGUUGCCCAUGUCCCCUUCCUCGCAGAGCGCUACUCUGAGGCUGAAAUGAUUAAAAGGUCACAGAUGUUCUAUGAGCUUCUUAAUAAGAGGCGGUCUGUCAGGUUUCUCAGUGAUGAGCCAGUCCCCAGGGAGGUUAUCGAUAAUGUCAUCAGAACAGCAGGUACUUCACCCAGUGGAGCGCACACUGAGCCCUGGACCUUUGUGGUAGUGCAAGAUCCAUACUUAAAACACAAGAUUCGUGAGAUAGUCGAAGAAGAAGAAGAGAUCAACUACAAAAGGAGGAUGGGAGACAGAUGGGUUAAUGAUCUGAAAAGACUGAGAACAAACUGGAUCAAAGAGUACUUGGACACUGCUCCCUAUCUAAUCCUCAUUUUCAAGCAAGUAUAUGGGUGGCUUCCAAAUGGCAAAAAGAAGACCCACUACUACAAUGAAAUCAGUGUUUCUAUUGCAUGUGGUAUCCUGCUUGCUGCACUGCAGAACGCAGGUCUGUACACCGUGACCUCCACACCCCUCAACUGCGGCCCCCAACUCCGGGUGCUGCUCCAGCGCCCAGCUAAAGAGAAGCUACUCUUGCUGCUCCCUGUUGGCUACCCCAAGAAAGGCGCUACUGUGCCUGCGCUGACCCGAAAGCCGCUGGAAGACAUCAUGGUGGUCGUGUGA